UGCUCGUGGAGGCCGGCUCGGAGGCGGCGCGGCGCUCAGUCCAUCCGGCGGGCCCCUCUCGCUGGUUGUGUCGGGCGGGCGCGCUGGCCUGGCGGAGCGAUGGCGGCCGUGCGGGGCCUGCGGAUCUCGGUGGCGGCGGAGGAGGCGGCAGCAGCGGCGGAGGAGGAGCCGCCCCGCGGCCCCGAGCCCGAGCCCAUGGAGGUGGAGGAGGGCGAGCUGGAGACCGUCCCCGUGCGGCGCUCGCUGCGGGAGCUGCUCCCGGACACUAGUAGAAGGUAUGAAAACAAAGCUGGAAGUUUCAUCACCGGAAUAGAUGUCACCUCCAAGGAAGCAAUUGAGAAAAAGGAGCAAAGAGCGAAGCGUUUUCAUUUUCGAGCUGAAGUGAACCUUGCCCAAAGGAAUGUGGCAUUGGAACGAGAUAUGAUGAAGAAAGCAAUCCCGAAAGUGAGGCUGGAUACAGUCCACGUUUGCGGAGUAGAUGAGAUGAGUACCCAGGACAUCUUUGCCUAUUUUAAAGAGUAUCCUCCUGCUCAUAUUGAGUGGCUAGAUGACACAUCAUGUAAUGUAGUCUGGCUUGAUGAAGUGACAGCAACACGAGCUCUUAUAAAUAUGAGCUCUAUGCCUGAUCAGGAUAAACUCAAAGACAGAGAAAACAACGAGGAGAAAGCAACUGAAAAAAAUAAAAAAGACAAACAGGAGGAAAGCUCGGACGAUGAGACCGAGGAAGGAGAGGUUGAGGAUGACAAUCCAAGUGAUGUUGAGUUGGAUGCGCUUUCCCAGGUAGAAGAAGAUUCUCUCCUACGUAAUGAUCUACGCCCAGCCAACAAGCUGGCUAAAGGAAACAAACUGUUCAUGAGAUUUGCUACGAAAGAUGAUAAAAAAGAGCUGGGAGCUGCAAGAAGAAGUCAGUACUACAUGAAAUAUGGCAACCCUAAUUAUGGUGGCAUGAAAGGAAUUCUUAGCAACUCUUGGAAACGAAGAUAUCAUUCACGUCGAAUCCAUCGUGAUGUGAUAAAGAAAAGGACACUCAUUGGGGAUGAUGUUGGGUUGACACCUCCUUAUAAACACCGGCAUUCAGGCCUAGUGAAUGUUCCUGAGGAGCCUAUUGAGGAAGAAGAGGAGGAGGAGGAAGAUGAGGAUAUGGAUGAGGAUGACAGGGUUGUGGUAGAGUACCGGGAUGAACUACAAGCUUUCAAACAGUCUCGAGAUCGCAGUGCAGCAAGGCGAUCAAGUGCCAGUGCAUCUGAUUCUGAUGAAAUGGACUAUGAUCUUGAACUGAAAAUGAUAUCCACUCCAUCUCCCAAAAAGAGCAUGAAAAUGACAAUGUAUGCUGAUGAGGUGGAAUCUCAAUUGAAAACUAUUAGGAACUCUAUGAGAGCAGAUAGUGUAGCAUCCAGUAAUGUCAAAAACCGGAUUGGCAGCAAAGGAUCAUCAGAAAAAGUUGCAGAUGUAAGACUACUGUUAGAGGAAAAACGUCAGAAUAAUACAGGGCAGCGUCAGCCAGUCAGCACUACAAAAUCAGAUGUACGGCAGAGACUAGGAAAGAGACCUCACUCUCCGGAAGUCAAGCCCCCAAGUAGCAACUCCACCCCUCGUCGAGAAUCGGUAUCCGAUGUACAUAGCCGGUUAGGGAUACCCAAACAAGAUGUGAAAGGCCUUUACUCUGACACCAGAGAGAAGAAAGCAGGUAAUUUAUGGACCCGCUUAGGAUCAGCACCUAAGACACAAGAAAAGACUCCAGAGAAAUCAGAAAACUCAGUAACAUCUCCAGAGGAGGACGAUUCAGAGCUCCAGCGGGCAUGGGGUGCUCUUAUAAAAGAAAAAGAACAGUCUCGCCAGAAGAAAAGCCGAUUAGAUAACUUGCCAUCUCUACAAAUUGAAAUUAGCCGGGAGAGUAGUUCUGGGUCAGACACUGAAUCAUGAUGCUCUUUAGACCCUGAUCCUCAGGAUUUGAACUCUGCAGCAUGGCAAGAUUUCCAUUGCCCAAAGGCUGAACAUUAUGGAAGCGUGGCAGGACUCUGAUUGAGGUUCCAGGAGCCUCUCCAUUCUGUUUACACAGAAGUAAAGACCUGUAUACCACUUGACAUUUAAAGCAAUCACAUUUGUCUUCAGUAUGUGUGGCCCUGUGUUGUGUAGGGCAUUGUCAUAUACAUUUAUUACAACAAACCUGUAGUAGUUAUUGCAAAACAUUUUUUUUCCCCAAGCUUCAAACUUUAAAGAAGGGGCAGAACUACUCCUGGAUUUUGUAGACGACUUUUUGUUCUUAAUCUUUUUAACAUGGAGUCUUUUAAGAAAAUGUUUUACACAGUUCAUCCAAAGAACAGGGAACUUCAGAAUAAUCACUAUUGCCUGGCCCUUAUAGCUGUUACCAGCACCUUUAGUCUCCUCAUAGGGUAAUAACAAUGAUGCUUCCUGGGUGCGCAGCCAGCAAGGGUAAAGCUUAUCAAGGGAUUGCUGUCUCCCACUCCUCCAAAAUACUGAAUGUAAAUCUAAACUAGACCUCCUAGUAGGUAAUACUUCAAAAUAACAUCAGAGGAGCACCACUAUAUUAGUCUCAAAAAGGAUUCUGCUUCAUUCAUUUUGGUGAUAACUUUUUGCUUUAAGGGAAGAUUGACAAGUUCAAGACUGCAGAGUUGGAUUUGUUGACAAAAUUGUGCAAAUUCCUGGGAUUCAUUUUUUUGAGUUUAAAUGUUGAAACAAUUUUAAAAAAAUAUUUCAAUAUAGCUGUAUUAUGUUUGAAGAAAUCUUAACAAUUUAAAAGCUUAAAAUAAUGUUUAUAUUUGUGAGAAUUCUGUUGGCUACAGUGAAAGCUUAUAGUGGUGUUUUCAUAUGUGCUGUUAAACUACACACACACACACAUAUAUAUAUAUAAAAAUAUGAUUGAAAGAGAAAAGGAAAAUAUAGGAUCAGUGUUUCAUGUCAAUAUUUUUGAAUGUCCUAAUUGUAUAGUACAUGUGGAUGUGCACAUGGUUGACUAGUUACAUUCACUUCACUUUUCUUACUCUUGUCCUCUUCCUUAGUAGGUAAAAAGGUUAAUGAAUGUGCAACCGUUUUUUGGUUUGUUUUUUAUUAUUUGUGGCGUUUAUUUUGAUUGCCCACAACUCGGGGAAAAGGAAUAAUGUGUAUGACGUGUAGCAAACUAUUACCUGCCAAGAUUUAACAGCCUGCAAAUCUGUUUGCAUUGUAUCUAAUUCCUAGGUUCUGUUAGCCCAAAAUGUCAGUGUGUCCCUUCCCCUUCUUCCUUUUAAACAUACAUUUUUCUUCUGUUUUCUAAUUUUUUCAUACUAUAUUGAAACAGGUUUGGGGCUUUGCAAAAGCAAGGAAUCUGCAGUUAACCUCCGUUAUGUCAGUGUGUGUAUAAGAAUAUUAUGUUCUAAUAGCAGUAUAUGAAACUGAAGAUAAGCUACAGUGACUAAAUACAGCAGGGUGAGCUGGGGACUGACUGGGCUUCUAGCCUGAACUAUUUCCUUGCUUUUGUGACAUUCGCCCUUUUUUAUAUAUUUAAUUGAAUUUAAUAUUGUCUGGUAAACAUGGCUGCCUAAAAUACUGUUCAUGACGAGUAAAUGACUGCAGUACCACUGUCAUGGGUUAUUUUGAUGUGUACUUUCAUUAAUAUAUUUCCCCUUAUAAAGCUUUAAAAUAGAACCAUAUCUAACAAUCCAUCUGACACCUUACCUAUAUUAACAUCCUGAUAAAAGUUCCCGUAACUGCUGUGUUUCUGCCAGUAAAUUACUUGGGUUGCUUGUA